UUGUCGUCUCUUCUCUCAGCUUCCUUCUGCUUCAACGAGGUAUGAAUAUGAUAGUUUCUUUUCUCCUUUUCUGAGCUUCGUCUGUUUGGUUGCUGAGAAAAUUGAAAAUCAUGUAUGCCCAAAUGAAACUCGCUAUUCAACCUCUUGGGUUCACCUUAUUUUUCCACUUCACAUCAAAAGUUCCUUGCUUUUCUGGGAUUCUAUGCUUCAGUAAUUCUGCUUUUAAGGUAAAACAAGACUUAAAGGACGUAAUUCUGCUUGUAAGAGUGAAUUUAGUAUGAGAUUAAUUGGACAUAAGGAUAAUGGUAUAUGGAACUUGAAUUCAGAUUCCUUUGCUGAAUUAUUUCCUGUAAAAUUUGAGGUUUUUGAUGUAUUUUUAGGUUCAGAUAUAUUGGUUAGUCAUUUGGGUUUCAAAAAAUAAUUCUGAUUUUAUCCACACAAAAAAAAAAAAAAAAAAACAUUUUUCUUUGUUAGAAUUGUUUGCGUUCAGCUCCUACUGAAGCUUCCUCAAGAAGGUAUAAUUUCUCAAGAGGUUCGAAGUCAGUAGCUGUGGUUUUGAGAGCAAAGGGUACUAGUCAAUUCCAAGGUUUGACAGUAAUGCAAGUGCGUGGUGCUUCAACUGCAGUAGAUUGCUCUAAGAUGAAAAUCCCCCAUGUUUUGACCAUUGCUGGCUCUGAUUCCGGAGCUGGUGCUGGAAUUCAAGCUGAUCUCAAGGCUUGUGCUGCACGUGGUGUGUACUGCUCAACUGUUAUAACUGCUGUCACGGCACAGAAUACAGUUGGGGUUCAGGGUGUGAAUAUUGUGUCAGAGGAUUUUGUGGCAGAGCAAUUGACUUCUGUUCUCUCAGAUAUGCAAGUAGAUGUGGUGAAAACAGGGAUGCUACCUUCUGUUGGCAUAGUCAAGAUUCUUUGUCAGAAGAUCAGAGAGUUUCCUGUUCGAGCUUUAGUUGUUGAUCCUGUCAUGGUAUCUACGAGUGGAGAUGUGCUGGCUGGUGCUUCCAUUCUUCCUGUGUUUCGAGAGGAACUUCUUCCAAUGGCUGAAAUAAUAACCCCAAAUUUGAAAGAGGCCUCCGCUUUACUUGGUUGUGCACAUUUGGAAACUGUUGCUGACAUGCGCUCUGCUGCAAAAUCAUUGCAUGCUUUUGGCCCACGGAAUGUACUUGUCAAGGGUGGUGACCUCCCUGACUCAUCAGAUGCCAUCGAUAUUCUAUUUGAUGGUGAUAACUUCUAUGAGCUACGUUCACCCCGUGUAAAAACUCAUAACACUCAUGGUACUGGUUGCAGUUUGGCAUCAUCUAUAGCAGCAGAGUUAGCAAAAGGUUCUUCAACAUUUUCAGCUGUUAAGGUAGCAAAACGUUUUGUUGAAACUGCCUUGGAUUACAGCAAAGACAUCAUCAUUGGAAAUGGGCCUCAAGGCCCUUUUGACCAUCUAUUAAGGCUUAAGAGCAGUUCCCAUGAUUGUCACAGGCUGGGGGUAUUUAAUCCAAGUGACUUGUUUCUGUAUGCAGUUACAGAUGCAAGAAUGAACAAAAAGUGGGGACGUUCUAUUGCAGAUGCUGUUAAAGCGGCAAUUGAAGGAGGUGCCACCAUUGUUCAAUUAAGGGAGAAAGAUGUUGAAACACGGGACUUUCUGGAAUCAGCCAAAGCAUGUCUUGAAAUUUGCCGUGCAUAUGGGGUACCACUUCUGAUCAAUGACCGAAUUGACAUUGCACUUGCUUGCGGGGCUGAUGGAGUCCACGUUGGUCAGUCUGACAUGCCUGCUCGGGUUGCUCGAACUCUUCUUGGUCCUGAAAAGAUCAUUGGUGUGUCUUGCAAGACACCAGCACAAGCAGAACAAGCAUGGAUCGAUGGUGCUGAUUACAUUGGCUGUGGUGGUGUUUAUCCCACCAAUACCAAGGCAAACAACCUCACUGUGGGUUUGGACGGACUUAAAACUGUCUGCCAGGCUUCCAAGUUACCCAUAGUUGCCAUCGGUGGCAUUGGUCCUUCAAAUGCCCGUGCUGUGAUGGAAAUUGGUGUACCAAGUCUAAAAGGUGUUGCAGUGGUGUCAGGUCUUUUCGAUAGGGAAUGUGUUUCAACGGAGACCAGGAAGUUGCAUGGGAUGCUAACGGAGGCAAGAUCAUUGGUUAAUGAAAAGAAAAGGCAUAAUUGAAUCAGACUGAGUUGUGUCCAUAAUACAGAAGAAAACUCAUAAUGAGAAAAGUGCCAAAGAUAAGGACUUUUUGCUGUUGACAAUUUCUGAAUGUUGCAGGAUCAAGAAAAUAUUCCAAAAUGGAACAACUGGCUAAUUCCUACUUCAAUAUAUUCACUCAUCCAAUGGCGCAUGUGAUUGUGCACCUGGCUUUGUGGACCAACUGGCUGAUAGCAAGGUGCAUCUCCUCAAGCACUCCAUACCCCUAAAUUUGGUCUCCUUUAUAAAAAAAAUGACAUGAUUGAAAGAUUUCAUUGCAAAAUACUGCCAUCACCAUUGUCAUUUAUAUCAAAUGCUGCUAUCACCGUCUCAUUUGAUUUU